AUGGGUUGUAAACAUUCAUCUUCACCACCUGAAUCACCAAUAAAACCAAUUCAAAAUGGUGGUCCAAUUGUAUUAAAAAGUAAAAUAUCAAUUCAACGUGCACAAAUUAUUGAUCAUCAAACAUCAAAUGGUAUUAAAUCGUUAUCAUCAUCUGCCUUAUCAAUUUCUGCAAAGAAAAAAACAUGUCUUUCAUUAUCAUCCUUACCAUUACCAUUUACAGUAUUAUGUCUUGAAAAAACACUUGAUGGUCAUGAUCAUUAUUUGAUGAAACGAUUUCAACUUGAUACACCUUGUUUUUUACUUGAUGUUUCUCGAACACAUAUUCUUUUAGUUGAUGGUAGACAACUACGUUUAAUUAAUAUGGAAACAAAAGAUAUUGAAACAUGUAUUAUACCACUUAAUUGUGGAGAUAUUCAAGAUAUUUCUUGGUCAUCAAAAUUAAAUGCAUUUCUUAUACUUACAACUGAUCAAUUAUAUAAAACUGGUACUAAACAAUUACAACCAAUACCUAUUCCUCAAAUUCAGUUUAUUAUUGAAGGUCCUCGUAAAUCUUAUAUGGCAGUUGAUGGAGAUGAUUUAAUUAUAAAUCGUUGUUUUGGAUCUGAUAUUCGUCGUUAUUCACUUGCCAAUUUUUCUCUUGUUCAAUCACCUUAUGCUUAUGCAAAUGGAGAAAAUUUAUCUGUAACAAAUAUUCGAUUGAAUUCAAACAAAAUUUUAGCUCUUGCUAUAUCUAUCAAUACAAAGCAAAUGAUUGAUUUAGUUCAAUUAAAAACAAAUAAACUUAUUCGUCGAAUUAGUUUUGAUUCAAAUGAAAAUAUUUUAUAUCCAAUUAAUUUACAUAAUAAUGGUCAAUGGUUUGCUAAAACAUGUAUACCUUGUGUAAAUAUUGGUCAUUGUUUAAUUUCAUCAGAAGGACAAAUAACAAGACUUACACUUUUUCCUGAUCAAGAUAAUUUCAUACGUUCUAUUUGUAUGAGUCCUGAUAAUCGAUGGUUAAUUGUUAGUCGACAACAUUCAAUUGAACUAUAUCAACCUUGCUCAUCAUUUUUACCUUUGAUGAAAGAAUUAGUCGAUGUUAGUAGUAUUUCAUUAUAA